AUGCUACCCUCCCACCGUGCUCAUCUCAUCCCCCAAUUGGGUCGACCAUGUGUGCAUGCUGUCCCUCACUCCAUGCCCUCAAUUCCCAUCUCCUCACUCCGCUUCAAUCUUUACCACGCACGCAAACACAGGUCGCUUGCAUACAACUCCUUCAUUGGCUCCGUUUCCAGCGACAUCUACGAGAUUAUUGGCCUCACUUAUCUGUCUCUUUCAAACAACAAGUUUACAGGCUCCAUUCCCAGCAACAUAUUCACGCUUCCUCACCUCACUUAUCUGUCUUUUUCAGACAACGCUUUGACGGGCUCCAUUCCCAGUCAGGUUUACGGGCUCAGUGGGCUCACAUAUCUGUCUCUUUCGAACAACAUGUUGAUGGGCUCCAUUCCCAGCACAAUCUUCGCGCUUCCUCAGCUCGCUUAUCUGUCGUUUUUCAACAACAGAUUGACGGGCUCCAUUCCCAACAGCAUCUCCGUGCUUACCCAGCUUACUUACCUGUCUCUUUCAAACAACUAUUUGACGGGCUCCAUUCCCCAUGGCAUCUCCGUGCUGGUGCAGCUCACUGACCUGCGUAUGCAUGGGAAUCGCUUGAUUGGAUCUCUUCCAUCCUUUCUCAGCCGCUUGAUCAACCUGGUGAACCUGGAUCUCUCAUCCAACUCACUGAGUGGUCCCAUGUUCACCAACUUCGCCUUCCUUGAUGGCCUCACCUAUCUAAACCUCUUCGCUAAUAACCUCAGCGGGGAGAUCCCACCCGAGAUUGGGAGCCUCACUUCUUUGAAGUACUUAAACAUCUCUGGCACCAACCUCACAUGCCCACCUGACGGCUCUGCCUGUGGCGUUACACAAUUGCCUACCACAUCCUUUUGUCGCACGUGUAAUCCCUUCUGCAACACUUGCACCAACCAGUCUGCAGAAAUCAGCAGCAGCAGCAUCAGCAGCAGCAUCAACGAGUCUUCUUCAGCAGGAGGUGGAGGUGGAGUGUCAGUGGGAGUCAUCGUUGGCAGUGUUGUUGCUGCUGUGGUCAUUCUCCUGCUUCUGGGCGCCACUCUGCUGUACUUCCGGCAGAAGAAGAGCACUGUCAGCACCCUGGCAGCCUCGAACUGCACGGAGUUCUCGCUGGCAGAGGUUGUCGAGGCCACCAACGACUGGUCCAAGGACAACCAGCUGGCCUCGGGUGCCUUUGGCGAUGUGUUCAAAGGCGUGUCUCCCCGCGAUGGCACCUUGUGGGCUGUGAAGCGCGCCAGGAUCAUCGACAUGGACUUCCAGAAGGAGAUCCAGCUGAUGGCUGACAAGAACCAUCCCAACAUUGUGAGGCUUCUUGGCUUUGCCAUCGGAGGCGACUUGAGGUCACGGGCAGAGCAAGUGCUCAUCUAUGAAUAUGUGCCAAAUGGCGACCUCCGCCAAUGGAUUGAUCCAAAUGCUGAACACCCUCUGACUCUGAAGCAGCAGUUGGACAUUCUGACGGGCAUGGCACGGGGAGUGGAGUAUCUGCACAGCUUUGGCAUCGUGCAUCGCGACAUCAACCCUGCCAACAUCCUUAUCACCGACACCAUGCAGGCAAAGAUUGCAGACUUUGGGCUCGUAAGGACGGGCGAGGGCACUUCUGUAGGCACGACGCGCGUGAUGGGCACACCGGGCUAUGUGGAUCCGGCCUACUUCAGCACGUGCAAGGCCACCACUGCCAGCGAUGUGUACAGCUUUGGAGUGCUCAUGCUGGUUGUGUUUACGGGGCGCCCACCAUUCGUGGAGGCUGAAGAAGCGGGUCAGCUGGUCACAAAAUGGGCGUCGGACUGCCUCUCCUCGGGGGACGUGGACAGCCUCAAGCACCCCACCAUGGACGCCCCUGCAGAUGCGGUGCUGCGUGUGGUUGAGCUCGCCCUCUCCUGCACCGUAGAGCGCACUGCAGCCCGCCCAAGCAUGGCUCACGUCGCCAACGAGCUACAGGCCAUCCGGGAGGAGGUGGUGGGGAAAGAGGAGCUGAGCGCGGCAGUGAAGGUGGAUGAGCAGGUCCAGGAGAAGGAGGCUGUUGCCACUGCGUUAAGCCUCGACGAACAGCUUCGGUUUCUUGAUGACAACUGA